AUUAAGUUCCGAAUGUUCCGAGUUCUUAAAGGACAUGCAACAUGAGUGCGUUUUAAUGGUCCUCAAUGUCCCCAUUCCGAAUAACUCGCAGAUCACUCAGAGCUUAUGUAUUUCUGGUCAUCUUUGCUUCCAGUUUCGUAGUAUUCACUCUAACACCAAGUCAUUCAGUGGUUAGCACUAACCUUCCUACAAAUUUUAGUGUAUACCUCCCUCGAGUAUAUCAAGCACACCGCCCUCCCACUGCACCUGCAGGAUCACCAUGGGAUCUAGACUCUGAUACCCUAUACCCCGAACCACCACCACAACGCCCCUCCCACACUUUCCGUCCAGACGGUCUCCUCCAAGUACACCCAGGUGGUAGGCACCCCAUCCUAGACCUCAUCGAACACGCAGAAAAAGAAUGGAAUGCAAAACUCACACGCGCUAGUAAAACGCUUCCUGAAGCAGUUCGUGAGUACCACCUCAGAUACUCGAGAGCACCUCCACCCGGCUUCGAUAGAUGGUACGUUACUCGCGUCCUUUCAGACCCUCCUCUAAACCCCAACAGGUGGGCAUACGUCCAAAAGCACAACGUCCAGCUCCCAGACGAGUACGACCAGAUCAACACCGACCUCGCUCCUUUCUGGGGUAUAAACCCUGCACGUCUCCAAGAAAUCCAGCUCGCUCACGAAAGUCACCACCACAGCUACACCAUCGCCAAGUCAACACCCUCAGGUCCUGUCCACUUCGGAAACGAGUCACUCCCCGCAGACGAAGACACUCGCAAAAACUUAUUAGUAGCCGCCAAUCAGCUCCUAGACUUGAUCAAGGAGGUCGAAGACGAGUUGCCGUUGUUUAGAGCUGUGUUCAGCCCCCAUGACAACCCAAAUGUCUUUCUCACCCAUGACAUGAGGAGAAAGGUUGUCGAGGCUGGGGAAAAGGGGAAAUCACUCGACUUCCAAACUCAGGACCCACCCCCAUACAUCCGUGGCUGGAUGCACGCCUGCCCCUUGAACAGCAUCGCACGCAAUCCACCCCCCUCCCCACCCCCACACACACCAAAACCCAGAACAUUCAUCCACGACCACCUCCUCGCCAUGGACCCAUGCGCCCAUCCUUCCCAUCUCGCCCAGCACGGCCAGUUCCUGAGCCAUGGCCCCGGCCCCGUCGCGUACCCCUUCCCAAUCCCACAGUUCAGCUAUUGCAGUAGCCCAUUGCAUUCUGAUAUCAGGGUCCCGAUCAUGUUGAGUUGGGUAGAUGACGUCGAGGGUGUGGAAGAAGGGGACCUGGAAGAAGCGUGGAUGGAGAAGGAUGAGGAGAGGUUACUUUGGAGGGGGCUGAAUACGGGGAUUCAUCAUGGGAAGGAGAAGCCUUGGAAGGAUUCGCAGAGGGGACGCUUGAUGGAUCUUGUUUCUUCUUCGCCUCCUUCCUCUGGCCUUGAGAAGCGUUCCACCGCGCAGCCAAAAACCAUAGACGCCCUCGUCACCGAUCCUUCAUCCCCUGACGGUGCCAUAACGCAGACCUUUAAAAAAUCAAUCGUGAACCCUGCGAUGAUGGAUGUAGCGUUCGCUGGUCAACCGGGUCAGUGUGAGGACGAGGUGUGUAAGGAGGUGGAGGAAAGGUGGGAGUGGCGGCGGAGGAUGGGCUUUAGGGAGGCUGUGAAGUACAAGUAUGUCCUUGAUGUGGAUGGGAAUGGCUGGUCGAGUCGGUUCAAGAGGCUCAUGACGAGUAAUUCGGUUGUGUUCAAGUCUACGGUAUAUCCUGAAUGGUUCACCCACCGUAUCGCCCCCUGGGUGCACUACGUCCCCAUCCAAGUCGACUACUCGGACCUGUACGACGCGCUCCUCUUCUUCCGCGGGGACCCGAGCGGGCAUGGUGCGCAUGAAGACCUUGCAAAGAAGAUUGCAAGGCGCGGGAGGGAGUGGAGUUUGAGCUUUUGGAGGAAGGAGGAUAUGGUAGCUUAUUUAUAUAGAUUAUUUCUCGAGUACGCAAGAGUCAUGGACUCGGAUCGGGAUUCGCUUAAUUUCGAGUUGGAGGAAUCGUAGGGUUUAGAUUGGAAUCGAGACAGAGACUUCUAGAACAGCAUCCUUGCGUGUCUCAGAUAGUAGACACAGCACACACGCUUAUACCUCGCACACCACGCGUGU